AUGGUGCAGAAGAAAGAUGGAGGAGAGGAAGAGAAUAUGGCCGCUUGGCUUCUCGGUGUCCAAACCCUCAGGAUUCAGCCUUACCAGCUCCCUCCCCUCGGUCCUCAUGAUGUCAAAGUUAGCAUAAAGGCGCUUGGCAUUUGUGGAAGUGAUGUUCAUCACUUCAAGACGAUGAGAUGCGCUAAUUUCAUAGUGAAGAAGCCAAUGGUUAUUGGCCACGAAUGUGCUGGGAUCAUCGAAGCCAUUGGGAGUGAAGUGAAGAACCUUGCUCCUGGCGACCGUGUGGCCUUGGAGCCUGGGAUCAGCUGCUCAAGAUGUAACCUCUGCAAGAAUGGCCGCUACAACUUGUGUCGUGAGAUGAGGUUCUUUGGUUCUCCACCAACCAACGGCUCUCUUGCCAACAAGGUUGUGCACCCGGCGAGCCUAUGCUACAAGCUGCCCGAGAACGUGAGCUUGGAGGAAGGAGCAAUGUGCGAGCCCCUCAGCGUCGGUGUUCAUGCCUGUCGUCGAGCACAAGUAGGACCUGAGACAACUGUACUGAUCUUGGGAGCAGGGCCCAUCGGCCUCAUCACCUUGCUGGCUGCCCGUGCAUUUGGAGCCCCUCGUGUUGUGAUGACUGAUGUCGACGAGAGCCGGUUGGCCAUUGCCAAGAGCCUCGGUGCUGAUGAGCUCAUUCAAGUCUCAACUGAAAUGAAGGAUGCUAGUGAGGAAGUGGUGAACGUGCAAACUGCAAUGGGUUCAGGGAUAGAUGUGACAUUUGACUGUGUUGGGUACAACAAGACCAUGACUACAGCUCUGAACGCGACUCGUUCUGGUGGCAAAGUUUGCCUCAUUGGUUUAGCUCUGAGUGAGAUGACCAUUCCACUCACACCAGCUGCUGCUAGGGAAGUAGAUGUGAUUGGGAUAUUCCGAUACCGGAACACAUGGCCGCUCUGCCUCGAUUUCUUGAAGACAGGCAAGAUUGAUGUGAAGCCACUGAUUACUCACAGGUUUAAGUUCACUCAGGAGGAUGUAGAUGCUGCUUUCGAGACUAGUGCUCGUGGUGGGAAUGCCAUCAAAUGCAUGUUUAAUCUCUAA